AUGGCGUCCCUUGAGGAGUUCCUCGAAAGCCUUCACUACGUCUAUCCGGCCAUUGCUUUCACCUACUUCGUCAUUGCUUCUGCUGUGGCCGUUUGCACCCUUCAGACCCUCAAGGCCUCCAGUAAUCCCGGCAAGCAGAAUAUUCCACGCACCUGGAUCAUCAAUCUCCUCGUUGCCUUCGUCCUGACCUACGUCGCUCAGCUCUCCAUCAUCGCCAUCCAGUCCAUCCUCCACCAUGAAUGGAUUGGCCAGGAACACGAGGUCAUUGGCCUUCUGUCUUGCGUCCUUGUCUUUGGUACUCAGCUAGCUUUCCUCUCUGACACUGAAUACCCAGUCUGGACUCCCUACUGGGGCUCGUGGAUCAUUUCCAUCGCGCUGGAGCCAGUCAUUGUCAUUCCGGACCUCAUCCUCAGGCAUUCCAUCACCUUUGAGUACUGCCGUAUCGGUCACCUGGUUUUCGCCGGCUUACGCUACUACCUUGUCCUGACCGUCUUCUCCAUCUACGUCGUCCAGCGGAUCCGGGCCAGCCAGGAGGAGGCAACAGACGAGGAACGCCAAUCGCUUCUCGCCGAAGAUGAUCCCAAGCGCCUUAACAGCUCUGGAAGCGAAAGUCAGAGUUCAAGCUCGGGCUAUGGAACUACCUCCCAGCCCGAGUCUUACUGGGAGGAACGUCAGCGCAAGGCAAAGGAAGAGAUGGAAAAGCGACUGCAGGAAGAGGGCAACUGGCUCACAUAUAUCAAGGGUUUCACGGUCCUCUUUCCCUACUUUUGGCCGGUUGGUCAGAAAACUCUCCAGCUGCGUUUGGUUCUCGUUGGACUUUGUCUCCUUGCCGGUAACGCCUUGAAUCUGCUUAUUCCUCGCCAAUUCGGUAUCAUCAUCGAUCAGCUCAAGGAUGGAGACUUCAGCAGCGCUUGGAUCGGCGUGGCCAUCUACGGCCUGCUAAGGAUCGCUGCAUCUGAAGCCGGUAUCGAGUUCCUGCGGGAGUGGUUGUACCUGCCACUCGAGGUCUACGCCGAUGGCGCUUUGAGCACUGCUGCGUACCGCCACAUCCUCAACCUGUCGGCUGACUUUCACGACUCCAAGAGCACAUCCGACAUCAGCCUGGCCAUGUACGGCGGGUCCAGCAUCUCCGAUCUUCUUGAGUCACUCUGCUUCCAGGCCUUGCCCAUGCUGAUUGACUUGGUUGUCGCUGUGGUCUAUCUUUCAGUCACUCUUGGUCCUUACGAGGGCUUCAUCACCAUCACGACAAGCACUCUUUUCCUCUUCAUCGCCACGAAAAUGAUUGCAGUCAUGAAGGAGCGUCGACGAGCCCACAUAAAUGCACAGUAUGCUGAGCACUACGUACGCCAGACUGGCAUUACGGGCUGGCACACCGUCGCGUCAUUCAACCAGACCACCUACGAAGAUGUCCGCUACUCCAAUGCCAUCCACACCCGCAUCAACUGGACUAAGAGUGUACGUCUGGGUUGGUUCACCGCGCAAGCUUUCCAGUCGUUGGUCCUGUUAUGCGGACUUUUGGCAGGUGCUGUUCUGGCCAUUUACCGGAUCAAGAACUCCAAGGCGACACCUGGUGACCUGACGAUGCUGUUGAUGUACUGGGCGCAGCUGACCGCACCGCUCCGCUUCAUGGCAAGUCUCGGUAAGAAGAUCGGAAGCGAUCUGAUUGAUGCGGAGCGCCUGUUGGACAUCAUGAAGAAGCAGCCCACAAUUGUCAACAAGAAGGGGGCUCGUCCGCUGAAGCUCGUCGGCGGCAACGUCGACUUCAAGGACGUCAGCUUCAGCUACGACAAAAAGAAGAAGAUCAUCAACGGCAUCAGCCUUUCUGUCCCGGGCGGCCAAACUGUGGCUUUCGUCGGUGCUACUGGUGCUGGCAAGUCAACUAUGUUGAAGCUGCUCAACCGUUUCUAUGACUCUACCGAAGGGACCAUCUUGAUCGAUGGUCAGGAUGUUCGUGAUGUUGACCUCCACAGCCUUCGAGACCGCAUUGGACUGGUCCCGCAAAACCCCGUCCUCUUCGAUGACACGAUCAUCAACAACAUUCGCUAUGCGAGAAUUACGGCCUCGGACGAUGAAGUUUUCGAUGCUUGCAAGGCGGCUUGCAUUCAUGAUAAGAUCACGACCUUCACUGAUGGCUACAACACCCGAGUUGGCGAACGCGGAAUUAAACUUUCCGGUGGCGAGCUUCAGCGUGUUGCGAUUGCCCGCGCCAUUCUCAAGCAGCCUGAGAUUGUUCUUCUCGACGAAGCGACCAGUUCCGUCGACACCGAUACAGAGCAAAAGAUCCAGCGGUCGUUCAUGCAGCUUUGCAAGGGACGAACGACAUUCAUCGUCGCACAUCGUCUUUCGACCAUCAUGAACGCCGAUCGAAUUGUGGUCAUCGAAGACGGCGAGGUCGUCGAGCAGGGCAACCACGCCGACCUUGUCGUGGCCAAGGGCAGAUACGCCGAUUUGUGGUCGAAGCAGACCUUCCUGAAGCCCCAGGACGACGACGGAGACAAGUCCGACGGGGACAACGGCGAUGCCCCGAAGACGAAUGGCGUCACUCCGGCUCCCGGUGCGACCGAUCCUCAGGCAAGUGAGAGCCCUCAGGGCAAUUCGGCCCAAACACAGGGCAACCAAGUGCAGACUCCUGGUCACAAGAAAGAGGGAUCCAAGCUGAACCCGGUUGCUCCUGAGUUUACCCCCAAAACCGCGACGCGUUCAUCUGCUCGGAAGGUCCUGAACUGGGCCAGCUCGCCAUCAUCAGAAGAUUCUUCGCCCAGGGAUUUGCGACCACGACAAGAAGGGGCCCAACACGACGGCAAGGGCGACAAUCAGGAUCAGUACGACAGCGACGGAGAGAGCGCCGACACUGUCAUCAAGGUGGAAGUGUCUCAGUUCAGAUUUCCUCACGCCGCCAGUCGUCGUUUUAACUCCAAGAGCGAAUCGACCGGACAGUCGGCGGAAGAUGGCUAUGCCCAGGACGACGGUGGUACUGACGAGGCCAGUCCUGAGCUACGACGGGUAUCUGCUCCCGCACUGCACCUGAAGGUUAUCACUCCUGCGACAAAAGGUGGUUCUCGUCCGGCCGUCGUUGUUGAAGAAGUUUCACCGAGCAAGAAGGCCUGUCAGACCAGCAAGAACUCUGAUGUUCACGUCGUUCCUCUGCAUAUCUCGAAUGACAGGUCGCCUGUCAAAGAAAAUGAGCGUCCCCGAGCGCCUACACCCUCAUCAGGCCCUGUACUGCCGCAGUCGACUCCAUCUCGGGGCAAUCGAGGAAAGCCUCGCGGAAGGGGUCGCUGGCGCGGAGGUCGUCACCACGCGAAGUUGUCAGGCGCUUCGAACCAAUCCAGCAAUCAGACCCCGACACCAGCCGGCACUCAGCGCGGCUGA